AGGACUAAGGCACUAGUAGUUUGAAUCCUACAAUAACACGUGUCCACAUCGGCGUUUUUUUCAGUAGAUGGUCUUAAUUAAAGAUCGUUAAAAAAAAGUGAAGACGUAGUCCUACGUCAAAAUCCGAACUCAUGGGUAUGAUUUAUGCCUUGGACAGACUGGUGGUAUACGUACCAUGGUACAAUUAUCUUGAAACGAGUUCUAUACUAAUUAUUGUCCAUUCGAUAGAAUUCCAGACUGAGGGCGCAACUGUCCUGGUUCUUGUUUCAGUUGCGAAACACACACCAGUAAAAUUCUUCAACAACGUGUUAUAUUACAUUCAGGGUUAUAUUUUCUCAGAAUAUAAAUUAGGAUAAUUCUGGUUGUUGAACAUCUUCUAUUCACAAUCUGAGAUAUUUUUUUAAUAUCAGACACAAUUAUAAACAUAAAAAAUACUAAGAAAAGCUUCAUAUUUAAAAUAUUUAUGUUAUUCAACUUUAAAUUUGGGUAAUAUUUAUUUGCUAUUUGAUGAUGUUUCAAUCAGCGUGUUGUUGUUGUUGCCGAAAUCAGUUCAACCAAUCAGCAUCUUUGUUUUUGUUUUUAUUUGGAGCAGUCGGAGGAAUGGAUGGCGAAUACGAGUCCGAGGAGUACCUCGAGGAAGAGGAGAAUGCAGACAAGGAGGGCCAAGAAGGCGACCAAACUGGCGAUCCUCUUGUUGCAUCCCAAAUGGACGACAACAACUCCAGUGCUGAUAAACACGCCGAGGACACGGAUAUGCCAUCGGGAAUCAGGUAUGACCCUGACUUAUCCGAUUCAGACGACGAAGGGAGACAAUCCACGUUUUCCUUCAACGGAGUCUUCGUUCAACGUCUAUAUAAAAGUCAGCUACGGCCCAAGGAAUUGAGUCAGGGAUGCGUGCAUGGAAAUUCGUUGGAUGAGGUUCUUCAGUGCAUGUGGAAGCACGCCAGCAAACUGGUUCGACGUGAAGUUCAGUUUCAAGACGAUGUUCCAUGUUGGUCCGAGAAGCAGGUUCCCGAUUUCGCGGACGUCGAAAAGUUCGUUUUACUUCAAGAUACUGUUAAAAAGAAAGUCUAUCAGACUUCUGCCAUUGGAAAAAGGCUGCUGACGUCAUGGAGAAACAAGUCCAUUAAGGUACUGGUUCAUGUUUAUUCUACCAAUGUUGGAUCACUGGGACAGUACCAACAAGUUAUGCGGAAACUAAUUGCACCUCAAAACCCUGACCGCUCUGGAGCCCAUUCAACAAGAGAUGACUCGGGAUUAGCAAACGAGCUUCGAACUAAUCAUCCUCACAUUGAAGGGCACUUCAGUUCGUGGUUGCUAUGGGCAAAUCUCAUCAACUCAUCUCCAGCACACAACCGUGAUCAGAUGGCUCACGCCGACUCCCCUCCUUUGGAAUUGUCCAAAUACUUUCGUUGGACUGGCGUGUCAGAGGCUGCACGGCUGCAAUCAGUUCAUCGUGGCAUGGUAGCUGCCCAAACAAAUAAUGAUGCGUGGUGUCGUGACAUGGACGAGCUUUCCAAGGACCUGAACACUGCUCUGAAUAUUUUGCAUGGAAUUCAACGAAAAAUGGAAAACCUGUCAGCCAGAGGAUCGAAUAGCUCUGAACUAUUUGCAGCCAUGGAAUCUGCAACACGACCGGAGGAAUCGAAUUUCAGUCUCCAGAUAGCCGAGAGGGUAACUGACUGUGAGGAUGUCGACCAUGCGGAAUAGUUAACAAAAUCAGUUCGUAGUGCAAAAGUAUCACCUGUACCUGCUUUCAAAGCUCAAAUAAAACAAUCAAUGUUUAAA